AUGGUAGUUGAUGAGAUCAUACUUGACAGUUUACCAGAAGGAGUACGACUUCCAGCAAAUGGUGUGCGACCGUCUGGAGGCGGAUUUGUAUUGGAUGAAAUGAUAAUAGAUGACAAGAUUAGUGAAAUGAUACGGUGGGCCGAAAGUAACCGUGGACCACAGCAACCAAAACUUCCGUUAAUCAGAUUGAAAGUUACCUAUGCUGGACCUUGGGCAAUUAUGCAGCCUAUUCAUGGCCGUCAAAUUGGAGCCAAGUUUGAGGAUCGGGCAGCAAAUGCUGCGGAGAUGGUGGUAACAAGGAGGGUGAUCGAGAAAAAGAAGAAGAAAGGAGGUGUAAGUAUGGAAGAGGACCAGGGCGAUAUUAUUGAUGCCGCAUGCCUUGAUCAAGUGAUAUCUGAACAUUUCAAUAAACAACCGUGGGAGGAACGUCUGACCGUAUUCACCCAUCCCAUAAUUGGAAAAGCAUUGGCAGCAUUUGAUGACGAAGAAAAAACCAACACAGCGAAAGCGAACCAAGAGUUCCGAACUGCUCUGGAGGCAGCACGUGAUUCAAUGAUGUCCAAGCUGAAGCAGAUGCCGGCUCCGGAAAUAGAGUUUGAUAAGUUCGGCAAUCUGAAAUCCGACAAUUUUGAAAUGAUGGUUCGAAAUGAUCUCAAUGUUCUCAAGCGUCAAACCUAUGGUAUCCAAGGAGGAACUGUGACACGUAGUGAUGAGUUUGAUGAUGAAAUGGAAGAUGGCGAU